AAUCUUCAAUUCUACACCGAAACUCUUAAUUCUCCUUCAACCCCCUAAAAAAACACACACCCGCACGAAAAACUGUGUGAGAAAAAUGAUCCAGCCUCUCUAUGCGCUGGUGUUCGGAGAAGUGGCGGUGAUUUUGGUCCUACUUUUCCGGACGCCGCUGAGGAAGCCGCUGCUGAUGCUGCUUGACCGCCUCAAGCAGGGCCGCGGCCCCGUGGUCGCGUCCACUGCCGGCGGCACCCUCUUCGUCAUCAUGAUGUCGCUCAUCUACAACAUCACCACCAUCCAGACCCGCACCGUUGAAGGCGGCGGGGCGGUCAAUCCGACCGAUCAGGUUCUCCUGGCCAAUCAGCUCCUCGAAGCAUCGCUUUUAGGUUUCGCUCUAUUCCUGGCGUUGAUGAUCGAUAGAAUCCAUUACUACAUUAAAGAGGUUCGCAUGUUGAGGAAGCACAUGGAAGCCAUUAAAAGGUCCGAGCAUAAGUCGGAGGAAGCAAAGGCGAAGGGCAAGACUAAAGCUGAGGAUGAUGACGAUUCAAGUUAAUGGAAAAGGGAUGCUAACAGCUUUGUGGAGGUUAAUAACCCUGCAUUUAUCAUUCUGGUUUGCUAUGUUUUUCUAGGUAGACUGUAAUGCAGUGGAUUCUGAUGAAUGAUUUGCUAUCUUUGAAAUUUGUUAUCAAUGAGGAUUUACUGA